UAAAUUCUUAAGGAAAUGAUAUAAGUGUGCAGCAUUCAUUGCGGGUCUAGAUGUAUUGGCGUUUUUCGCCUAAAGGAAGAAGUAACGAGCGUCAAAUUGACUGAGCUUUGUUGACUUGAUCCCACAUUAAAAGGAAGCAUGAGACCACUGAUUCGACGUUGCUACCCGAUGACAGUCUUCAUUUUGAUGAUUGUCCACUACAUCUACAGUCAAAUUUGCGAUGCAUUCGUAGGCUCGGGGCCGUCCAGCAAGCCUCUUUUACCUUACCACCGUCUGCCUUGGCGGAGCCACCAAGAGUUGGUGGUGGAUGCUGAUACUGUAAUGGAACAAUCAGAAAUCGAAAAGAUGAACCUUCUCAUCGAACGAAGAGCCGCAGCGCGAUGGAUUGGGGACUUUGAAGUUGCCGACGCUCUGCGGAGAGAAAUCGCAACCCACAAGUUUCCCGCCAAUAUCGAAGUUGUGAUACAAGACUUUCCUAGAACAGAAGGAGGUGGAUCGAAGUGGAAGUUGGUCUGCUCACUGGAGAACAGUGUCGACGGAUCACUACUUCUUGAGCAAGGUGUAAGUGUGUUGACUUUAGCCCAUACUGCGUUAGGAAUGGCUGUGUCAAAAGCCGAAAGUCAAAUUUCAGUGAAUUUCGAGAACGAGCUCAUCUCUCUCGUUCGAGCUGCCAAACAGCAACUCCGACACUGGAGCGAGAUCCAGCGCUCUAUGGAGCGAGUCCAACCAGCCAUAUUACCUGGGCCAUCAAGCAGCAUGAAGCCGAACGCCUCUACUUCAAAAGCUUGGCUUGAUAGCCUCAUUUCUAAUAAAAGGCCAAGACAGAGCGUGCUGGACUGGACUAGUGUCGAGAGGAAUUUGGCUGGUCGUAAGGCCGCCGACGCCGCCUUCUGGUUCGCCUUGGCAGGCUCUACUGAUGAAGAAUUGUUCACUUUGUUAACAGAAGUAUGCACCAAAGAGGUUGAAAAAUGGGGUCACCGUCAAUCUUGCAGGCCAAAGGAUCUAGCAGCCAUUGGGACUCGAUUGGCCGCGGCAGGUGUGAAAAGGGACAACAAGUUUCAGGUGGCAAUGCAAACUGCGCUUCAGAAAAGGGCAGACGUAAAUAUAGAAAGUACGAUCGAGCCGAUGCACUUGCACCUUUUUGAUUUGCAUUCCGAUCAUUGCGCCCUCAUGAUCUGGAAGUUUUCUUCUCGUCAGCGCAAGCAACGAAUUUUCCUUCGAUCUGCGGCCAAACACUGGAAGCACAAAAAGGCCUCACAUCAACUACACUUUCACACUGACAUUAAUGGCAUUGCAUCAGACAUAGUCUGGGGGCAAAUGUUUGAAGACCCCUUGCGUCCUCUAGUUAUUGAUGUUGGUUGUGGCAUGGGGAUAUCACUUCUUGGUUUGGCAUCCGAGAAUUCCACAUCAGCGGAUGGAGUCGAUUGGAGCGUUUGUAAUUUCUUGGGUGUCGAUCUCAGCUCGGUUGCUAUAGGAUAUGCGACUGCUAUUUCGCAUCGUUGGGGGAUCAACAGAAAAGUUGUGUUCAUGGUUGACGACGCAGAGAACUUACUGAAAAUGGUUGAGAGCUACCCCGGACCAGUUCGAAUGGUUCUCGUACAGUUUCCCACUCCGUAUCGGCUAGUUCCUUCUCAAUUUGGAGACGCAGAUGUUUUCUGUUCAAAAGGGAAUUCACAAUUGCCUGUAUCGCCAUCAAAAGGUUUCAUGGUGACGGAGGCCUUGCUUCGUAGAGUGAAGACAGUGCUGUGCAAAACAGAUUCCGAUGCAUCCGGAGAGCUUUUGCUGCAGUCUAAUUGUGAAGAUGUUGCUAUUCACAUGAAGAACGUCGCUUGCACUUCGGUUGGUUUUCGUAUGUUAGAUUCAGGGCCAAUAUUGGAAUCAUUUAAAGGCCGAGUGCCGCAAAGAACGCAGAAUUGGAUUAGCAUGAAUGGCGAGCGUGCCUUAGGAUUGGGAUGGAGACAAGAGCCAGUCCUACCGACUAAAGGACAAACGGAGACAGAGAUUGCCUGUCGUCUCAACCAGAUACCUGUUCACCGGUGCAUAUUGAAAGUUCUUUAA